AUGGAGGACUGUCUUCACACCUCCUCUGAAAACCUCUCCAAGCUGGUGAGCUGGGCCCACAGCCAUGGGACCAUCUGCAGCCUCAUUCCGAACCUCAAGCACCUACUCUCCGAGGGGACCCACGGCAACCUGACAGCCAUGUGGGGCUGUAGUGCCGGCCAUGCCUACCACUGGCCUCUGGCUGCCACUUGCCGGGCUGGCUCCCAGGAGCGUGUCUGCUUCCAGGACAGCCGCAGCUUCAACUCGGACAGCCCCAGCAUGCUGGGGGUGCCCUCGGAGGUGCAGGCCAGCCCGCUGGAACGCUACCCAAACAGGACAGGGAAGGCCAAGCUGGACUGCACCCGCACCCGUGACUCCUGCGACUUCUCCUACUGCAGUGAGCCGUCUGAGCUGGGUGAGCCUGUGGAGGAGUAUGAGGAUGAGGCCACCCUCUUUGACAUGGUCUGUGAGUCCUCUGUCACUGACGAGGACAGCGACUUUGAGCCGCAUCCCCACCGGGCCCCCACCGGCCCCCGCAAGCGUCCGGCUGCUGGCCUGCCCACCGCUGCCCAGGCCCAUCCCGCUGACGACGGUGGUGGUGAGGUGCUCCUCAAGAAGAUCAAGCAGGAGCUCCCUGAGGACUACUACAUAGUGGCCAACGCCGAGCUGACGGCUGGCGCUGAUGGGCCGGCCCUGGCCCUGACGCAGAUGUCCAAGCCCAAGCCGCAAGUGCAGGCGGGGCCCUCCUGCCUGGGCCCUGCCAGGGCCCCGCCUCAGCCCACCGGCGGCCCUGACCCCGAUCCACAGCUCCUCUCCGCCUCCCCUCCAGGCGCGCUCCGGCAGGCCACACAGAGACCACCCCGGGGCCCCUUGGCCUCCCCAGCACGGGGGCCGGGCGGGGGCCCUGUGGCUGCCCUGCAGGUGCCGGCCACCAGCUCCAACACCACAGCCGCCACCGGGAAGCCAAUCAGCAUUCCCCUCUCGGCCCUGCAGCUGCCUGGCCAGGAGGAGCCGCCGAGCACGGAGGAGACCCUCCCCCCUGCCCCACAGCUGGCCCCGGGUGUCGAGGUGGCCAGCUCACCCUCGGUGAGUGCCGAGCCUGAGGUCAGCUCCAGCCAGCAGCAGCCCCAUGCUGCGCCUGCCACCACCCCCGAAGCAGCGGCGCAGUUGAUGCCAGCCUAUUUGACUAAGCUCAACAAGUUUGCUGUCUCUAAUUCUGAUGACGACCUCAAGUACCUGUGCAUUAGUGCUAUGAGCCCCAACACCACCAAGGCUACCCUCUAUGCUCUCAACCUGUAG